CGUCCGUCGGUAAAACCGCUCCGUGAGAAACAGCAGGAGACGGGAAUGUCUUAUGGCAACAAUGAUUGAGGAAAAUGGUCCUUCGACACAUGACCAGUCUGAAGUGUCCUCCUCCUCUUCCACCUCGUCCUCCUCUUCCUCUUCUUCCUCCUCCCAGGCCAGGCAGAAACUGGAGGGGCUCCUCAACAAGAACAUGAGGAUCCGGAUGACAGAUGGACGGACUCUCGUGGGUCUCUUCCUCUGCACAGACAGGGACUGUAAUGUCAUCCUCGGCUCGGCUCAGGAAUUCCUCAAAUCCACAGACACGUUCUCCCAGGCGGAGCCCAGAGUCCUGGGCCUGGCCAUGAUCCCCGGGCACCACGUGGUGUCCAUCGAGGUGGAGGCCGACACGUUAGAGGACACGCCGGGGUUUGCAGCCARUCACUGACGGGAGCUUCGGGACAUCGCUCACGUGACCGUCUCCCGUCUGGGCCUGAGGCCCGGCUGCAGCAGAGCUGUGAAGAYGGGUCGUGUUCGGAGGAUUUAACUCAAGUCUCUGCAGACAGAACCUCCAUGUCCACGCUCUGGAUUUAGCCAUUCCGUCUGUGACUGUAGAGGAAAACAUGGGCAGCAAGAGUGGGAAUCACCUCAGUGUGUGUUUUAAUGUGGAUGUGUGUUUGUUACAGUGUUUUAAAAUAAAUGUCUUUAUUUGAG